CACGGCACGUCAUCAUUGUCAAUCGUAUUAUGAUAGUACCGCGCAUGCGAUUAAAAACGAAAACAGUCCGUCGUGCUUAUUUGCAUGGAGGAAUUUGCUCGAUUUCUGUGUAAUUUGAUGUGUUGGAGAAACUUUACUGAAGGACGAUUUACCGACAACGACUUUCCACUAAACUUGCGUAGUUUAUGUGUGAAAAAAAUCAAUGUCUGUAAGAAAGAGCAUGCAGCUAGAUGAUACAAUCAGUUCGUAAAUUUGAUUUUGGUGUAGUGCCAAUUAUUAAUGCAAGGUCAACUACAGUGUACGUCACGUACGUUGCGCACGUGCAUCGGCUCAGUGGUAGUGCGGCCUAAAAAAAUAAAACCCGUAGUGGAAUCCAGUUUCGCGCUCAAGUAUUUUUGCCAGACUGAAUUGGUGAAUCCAUUUCCACUGGUAGACCGAUGCCAUCGGAGAUGAAGGUGAACAUACGCGUCCGUGAUGAAUGGCUGCUCGUGCCGGUUAAGUCGGGCAAGCUGACGGUGGACUGGCUCGGGAAGCAAGCCCUGUCUCGCUACCGGACCCUCAAGGCUUACGAUCAGGAGAAAGAAGAUGACGUGCUGGAGGUACGCAAGUCGCCGGGAGGAAGCUUGCUGUUCCCUGCUGACCACAUCGAAGAUGUCGUGGAUGACAAUGGAUUUGUCUACACCGUGCUGGAAAGUGAACAGAAGACAGGAGAUGCAAGCUGUUCGUCCACUCUUCAGAAUGAUCUGAAUGUACACCCAACCCACAAGUCUGCGUCAGAGUACUUGAGCCUGGAUGGAUGCAGUCUCUCCACGGAUGACUUGAUGAAACUUGGCGAAGGCAGUUACAACAUCAAGCUGACUGACAAAGCUUGGGAGAAAGUCACAAAGGCGAGGGAGCUACUGGAAAAGAUUGUGGAAGAAAACAAAGUUGUUUAUGGUGUGACGACAGGCUUUGGGAAGUUUGCUCGCGUGGUCAUCCCCCCUGAAAAACUCAAUGAGUUACAGGAGAACCUGAUUCGCUCCCAUGCGGCCGGGGUGGGCCAACCCCUCAGCCCGGAGCGCACUCGUCGCUUGCUGGCGCUACGCCUCAACGUGAUCGCUAAGGGUCAUAGUGGUCUGUCCCCAAAGAAUCUGAGGAGCAUGAUUGAUGCCUUUAAUUCAUCCUGCUUGCCCUGGGUUCCAGAGAAAGGCACCGUGGGGGCCAGCGGUGACCUGGCCCCCUUGAGCCACCUAGCCCUGGGUAUGAUGGGGGAAGGGAAGAUGUGGAGUCCGAGAACAGGAUGGGCUGAUGCUAAGACGAUUUUGAAGAUGCAUGGGGUGGAACCAGUCGUACUUGGCCCAAAAGAGGGUAUAGCUUUGAUCAAUGGAACACAGCUGAUAACAGCACUCGGAACCGAAGCUGUUGAGCGUGCCGCAGCUAUCGCACGUCAGGCCGACGUGGUUGCCGCUCUGACCCUGGAUGUCCUGAAGGGAACUAACUCUGCGUUUGAAAGUCACAUCCACGCAGCCAGACCCCAUAAAGGUCAGAUGAAAGUGGCCAGCAACCUGCGGUCUCUCCUGGCCUCAGACGUCCAUCCCUCAGAAAUUUCCGAGAGCCAUCGAUUUUGUGACCGUGUGCAAGACGCCUACACCUUGCGCUGCUGCCCACAGGUUCACGGUAUCGUCAAUGACACCAUUGAAUUUGUGAAAGGCAUCUUGACGACCGAGCUGAACAGUGCAACAGACAACCCGAUGGUUUUUGCCGAUCGUCAAGAGACAAUUUCUGGUGGCAACUUUCAUGGGGAGUACCCUGCCAAGGUGCUGGACUAUCUCGCUAUCGGUGUCCACGAGCUGGCAUGCAUCAGCGAACGCCGAACUGAAAGACUUGUUAAUCCAUCCCUGAGUGAACUACCAGCGUUUCUGGUGAAUGAUGGAGGAAACAAUUCUGGCUUCAUGAUAGCUCACUGCACAGCAGCUGCACUAGUUUCCGAGAACAAGGUGCUGACUCACCCGGCGUCCGUGGACUCGCUUCCCACGAGCGCCAACCAAGAGGAUCACGUCAGCAUGGGAGGAUUCUCAGCCAGAAAAUGUCUGACCGUGGUGGAGCAUGUCGAGCAAGUACUGGCCAUUGAGUUGUUGGCAGCGUGCCAAGGCAUCGAGUUCCUUCGUCCGCUGAAGACUACGGCUCCACUGGAGGAAGUCUACAAACUUGUCCGCUCAGUCGUGGCACCGUGGGAUAAGGAUCGCUACAUGGCCCCCGACAUUGAGGCAGCUACUAAACUACUACAAGAAGAGAAGGUAUGGAAAGUGGUCAAGCCAUACAUGGACAACUAUCACACAGAGCAUCUGAAGGGAGCUAGGCCCAUCUCCCCUACAGGCAGUUCCUUGGGAAACAGCCCUGUAAAGCGCAAGCGCAUGAAGUAAAAAGAACACCGACGGUUACAAAAAUGGUGGCCAAGAGCACUCUAGUACUAC